UCAGAGAUAUGUAAUGGAGGUGAGAAGAGAGUAUUACAUCCUGAUUUUUGGACAAAGGCAUAAUAAUUCAUGUGGCAAACGUCACCACACGGUGGUAUAAAAAUGCAACCCGCCUUAACAAUAUUUCACUGUUAAUUUAUGAAAAAAGUUGUAGUUUUUAUUACUAUCUGGUUUCACUAGUGUUUAGAAGAGGUGCAGUGUGCAAGGGCCGAGGGGCACCUUCUCAUCUACAGACCGCGGUUGCAGACGGUGUCUCCACUCUCCACUCACGUACUCCGGAAUUUCAAUAGCCUCAGGGGCAGUCAAGUGGUGGCUCUGUGGGUUUGAGAUUCAAUUGAAUUGGAGGUUAGGGUUAGGGUUUCAUGUGGUGGAGGAUUGGAAGUUGAAACCCUAGGGUUCAGGGAUGGAUAAGGAGGAGAACAAAAUGGGUCUAAAAAGAAAGUCUAAAUCUUUGGGGACAUUGGUUGAUUCAGAUGAUGAUGAGCCUAUUGGGACACUGUUAAAGCUUAAAGGCAAAAGAAAUUCCAAGAAAAGUAAGCUGGUGGCGGAUGCUGGUGGAAACAAGGUUAAAGGGGUUGAAAAGAUGGAUGUGGAGGAUAAAGAAUUGGGUGGUAUGGAUGACACAUUGGCAAGUUUUAGGAAAAAAUUGAGGGGUUCCAAAAAGGAUGGUGGAUCCACAGUUGUGGCUACAAAAGACUUGAACAGCAAUGCUGUGGAGCCAUCAUGCCUUCUUGAUGAGUCUGCAAAGUAUAAGGAAUUGGAUUCAAAUUUGAUGCCUGAGGGACAGAAAAGGGGCCUGGGGGGCACUCCAAGUGGAUCUUCUGGGGACGCAACUGUAAUUGAGGGUUUAAAAGUGAAGGCUAAAAUAAAAAAUAAGAGAUCGAAGGUCAAUUCAGAUGCCAAGAUAAUUGGGAACUCCAAAAUGGAUGAUGGUCUUGACUACAGUAAAUCUGGAAAUGAUGCAUUGCAGCAUGAAAAAGAGACUGCUUCAGAGUCUGAGGCGGAAGUUCUAGAGGAUUCCUUAUCUGCCUUUUUCCAGAAGGUGCACUCCGGGAUGAUUUCGAAAUCUCGUAGUUCUUCAAGAGUGAAGCAGGGAAAGGAAACUCAAGCAUCCAAUGAUGAGUCAAGACCAGAUUCAGGUGAUGCUUUAGAGGCUCGUGUUGGGAAAUCUCAAUCUGCUUCAGAUUUUGUCAAGGAAGCUUCUGAUCAAGGUCCCACAAAAUCAACCUUGAUUUGUCCGAGGCUUGAUGAUCAUUUACCAGAAGUCUUAAAUCGUACUCCCGGGAAUUCGAUUGGUUCAAAACUAGGGCUUUGUUCUAGUCCACUGGAUUCCAGUCAGAUACAAAGACCUACUGAGUGCAUGGAUGAUUCAUCUUUCAAACUAAUUUCAGAGAAUUCAACUUCCAUAUCAUUGGUCCAAAGUUCUUCUUCUAGUCUGAGGGCAUGCUCUGGUAAGAGCGCUGGGGUUGAAGAUGGCAAAACUGACUCUUUAGCCUCUCAAGCAAUUGGGAAUCAACCAGGUUCCACAAAUGAGCCCCCUGGUUUGAACAAUAUCCCUGACAGAAAUAAUGAGGUACCCCAUUGCAUGGAAGCAAAGGAUUUGGGGUUGUCGACAUCCUUAUGUGAAGGCAUAGCAAGAAGUACUGAUGAUGUGAAACUAGAUUGUGGGCUCGAUACUGACUUGGUCCCGAAAUAUUCUGGUGAAGUACAGCUUCGUUCAUCACCCCCUGCGUUUAGUAGGGCACAUGAUGGCCCACUUAUUGUUCUAGGUAAGUGCUUUCAAGGGACAGAUCAUGCACCAUUUGAUUCACAAGAGGCAGACGGUCAAGUAUCUGAGUGUAGGUUAUCGCCAGGGUCAGGGAGUGAAAUCCUCAAAUAUGAAGUGGCCUUCAGAAAGCAUAAGAAUGACUCACACAGAGCUGUUGAUGAAUCAGAACAUGUUUUGGAGCCCUCUGGUGUAUUGCCAGAAGGUGCAUGCCCUCGAAACAGUAACUAUCAUUCUGAGGAUGAAGAGGUUAAUGGGACCUCUUCCCCAUCUAUUAUGCUGGAUCACCAAGGAACCUGUGCAGACGACAGGGGACCCCUGGCUGACACUGAAACUAAAGAAAGUAGCCUGUCAGUUGGACAGCGAGCGCCACGCAAUGCCAAGAAGCACAGACAUGGGGACAUGGCUUAUGAGGGUGAUAUUGAUUGGGAUGUUUUGAUGCAGAGCCAAGAAUUUUUCAUAAACCAUCAGACUGUAGAUAAAACAAGAGACAAAUCCAAUUCAUCGUCUACUGCUGUGGAUGCUGAAAAUGGCAAAGCAGCAGCUGUAGCAGUAGGGCUGAAAGCUCGGGCGGUUGGUCCCCUUGAGAAAAUCAAGUUUAAAGAAGUGUUAAAGCGCAAAGGUGGACUUCAAGAAUAUCUGGAGUGCAGGAACCAUAUCUUGAGUGUUUGGAACAAAGAUGUCAGGCGCAUUUUGCCACUUUCAGACUUUGGUGUGUCUGAUGCUCCUGUGAUGGGUGAAAGCUCACGUGCUUCUCUGAUUAGAGAUAUCUUUACCUUUCUCGAUCAAUGUGGUUAUAUAAAUUUUGGAGUGCCUUCGGGAAAGGAGAAGGUGGGAAAUAACAUCAAGAAUGAACUGAAACUUCUGACAGAGGAGAAGUUUGGAGAAACUGGUGAGCUUCCUGUGGUUGAUUCUGAGGAUGGAGUUUCCUUUAUCCUUGGGAAGGAAAGAAGUACAGAGAUUCACAGAGGGGAAAAAAAUGAUGACACUUUUGCGGAUGAAAAGCUGGCAGGAAAAGUUGUAUCAGAACAAGGAGUUAACAACCUUGAGCCGUUACAAACACCUGAAGGAUGUUCCAUUGAUGAUAGGCAAGGAAUGAAUUCCCGUGAUCCUAUACAUCUUAAAUAUUCUGCUGGUUCAGAUUAUUUUGAUUCGAUUCCUUCCUGCAAGGAUGAGAAUGGCACAUUGGUUCCUGCUGUCGAUCCAGAUUUGCCUUCUCCUGGUGAAGCAGUGAGUGGUGUACCUGCAAAGGUCCCCAAAUUUGGCUCUGCUAUUUUCUCAGCCACCGAGGACUCUGGGUGUAGUCAUACACAAAAUGAUUCAGGACCACGAAAGAGUAUAAUAGUUGUAGGAGCUGGUCCUGCUGGCUUAACUGCAGCACGCCACUUGCAACGCCAAGGUUUCAUUGUUACAGUUCUCGAGGCUAGAAGCAGAAUAGGUGGUCGUGUUUUUACAGACCAUUCAUCAUUAAGUGUUCCUGUAGAUCUUGGAGCUAGCAUCAUUACUGGUAUGGAGGCAGAUGUUGACACUGAAAGAAGACCUGAUCCUUCUUCAAUCAUUUGUUCUCAGUUGGGCCUCGAGCUGACUGUACUUAAUAGCGACUGUCCUCUUUAUGAUACUGUGACUGGUCAGAAAGUACCUGCAGAUCUAGAUGAAGCAUUGGAAGCAGAAUAUAAUAGCCUGCUUGAUGACAUGGUAAUGGUUGUUGCAGAGAAGGGGGAGUGUGCCAUGACAAUGUCUCUCGAAGAAGGUCUAGAAUAUAGCCUGAAGAGACGUCGUAUGGCCCACUCUGGACAAGAGGAUAUGGAAGUUCUACCUGUUAAACCUCAAGAUACAUCUGUUGCUUCUGAAGGUUUUGCUGUGGAUGAUGAAGUUUCAAAUGCUCAGGAUUCUGAAACAGAAGGUUUGAGUCCUUUGGAGAGGAGAGUUAUGGAUUGGCAUUUUGCGCACUUAGAGUAUGGUUGUGCUGCCUUGCUUAAAGAAGUCUCACUCCCAAACUGGAAUCAGGAUGAUGUAUAUGGGGGAUUUGGUGGAGCUCAUUGUAUGAUCAAAGGAGGUUAUAGUGCUGUUGUUGAAUCUCUUGCAAAAGGAAUUUGCAUUCACUUGGACCAUGUUGUCACGGAUAUUUCGUAUUGCACAAAGGAUUCUGGGACAAAUAAUAAUGUGCAUAAAAUGGUUAAAGUUUCUACAUCAAAUGGCAAAGAGUUUUCAGGAGACGCAGUCCUGGUCACAGUCCCACUUGGAUGCCUGAAAGCGGAAACGAUAAAAUUUUCACCGCCUUUGCCCCAAUGGAAAUAUCUAUCCAUCAAGAGACUUGGGUUUGGUGUUCUAAACAAAGUAGUCAUGGAGUUUCCUGAAGUAUUUUGGGAUGACACAAUUGAUUACUUUGGUGCUACUGCUGAAGAUACAAAUCAGCGGGGUUGGUGUUUUAUGUUCUGGAAUGUCAAGAAAACAGUUGGGGCACCUGUUCUUAUAGCCUUGGUUGUUGGUAAGGCUGCCAUAGAUGGACAAAAUAUUAGCUCGUCGGAUCAUGUGAGUCAUGCCUUGCUUGUUCUCCGGAAACUAUUUGGGGAACAUAAGGUUUCUCAUCCAGUUGCAUCUGUAGUGACUGACUGGGGAAGGGACCCUUACAGCUAUGGUGCUUACUCUUAUGUUGCUGUGGGAUCAUCAGGAGAAGACUAUGACAUCUUGGGAAGGCCGGUGGAGAACUGUUUAUUUUUUGCUGGUGAAGCCACUUGCAAAGAGCAUCCUGACACUGUUGGUGGUGCAAUGAUGAGUGGGCUUCGAGAGGCUGUACGCAUUAUUGAUAUAUUGAACACAGGAACUGAUUAUACUGCAGAGGUGGAGGCAAUGGAGGUUGCUAGAAGACAUUUGCAUAUUGAAAAGAGUGAAAUAAAGGACAUUAUCAGGAAGCUUGAUGCUAUAAAUUUCUCUGGUGCUUUCUGUAAGAAGUCUUUGGAUGGAUCCCAGAUCUCUUCUUGGGGCUAUGUGCUAAAGGAUAUGUUUUUCACUGCAAAAACUACAGCUGGGAGAUUGCAUCUAGCUAAAGAGUUGUUAAAACUUCCUGUUGGGUUUUUGAAGACAUUUGCUAGCACUAAAGAAGGGCUUAGCACCCUUAAUUCAUGGAUUCUUGAUUCCAUGGGGAAAGAUGGAACUCAGCUCUUGCGCCAUUGUGUCCGUCUCCUUGUACUUGUUUCAAAUGAUUUGCUUGCCGUUCGUUUAUCAGGUGUCGGAAAAACUGUAAAAGAGAAAGUCUGUGUACAUACCAGCCGUGAUAUAAGAGCCAUAGCUAGCCAGCUUGUGAGUGUGUGGGUUGAACUUUUCCGCAAGGAGAAGGCUUCUAAAGGGGGACGUAAAUUACUUAGGCAAUCAACUUCUCUUGAUUCGAAGAGCAAAUCUCCUCUAGUUUCUGGAAAACCACCGUUGCGCACACAUCAUGUUGACAGCAAGGGAAGUCCAAAAGUUUCUGCGUCUGCUGGGAACCAGUUCCCUUCCGGUGCAAGCAAUAAGAAAGUAAUCAAUGAACCUGUUAAAUCCGAUACAAGAAUUCACCCACAGUCAGAUGUUCAGCUCUCAAACUCUCAUGGUUCACUAGGAUGCAGCAAUGUCAGGGAGGAGGACAAUGAUGACAUUCCCAUGUCUGAGGAAGAAAAGGCUGCUUUUGCUGCUGCAGAAGCGGCCCGUGCUGCAGCAAUUGCUGCUGCCAAGGCAUAUGCUUCUUCCGGUGCCAUGCAUAAUGCAUCACGACAGCCUCCCAAGAUUCUUUCGUUUCACAAAUUUGCUAUGCGUGAACAAUCUGCUAAUAUGGAUGAGUCUGACAGUAGAAAGAACUGGCCUGGUGCAGGAAUAGGGAGGCAAGAUUGCUUAUCUGAAAUAGAUUCCAGGAACUGCAGGGUGAGAGAUUGGUCAGUUGAUUUUUCUGCUACUGGUGUACACCUGGGCAGUUCAAAAAUGUCGGUUGAUAAUCGUUCGCAGCGGAGCCAUUCGAAUGAGAUUGCUAAUCAGUUGAACAUCAGAGAGCACUCUGGGGAGAAUGCAGCUGUUGAUAGCAGCUUACUGACAAAAGCAUGGGUUGAUAGUGCUGGCAGCAUAGGGAUAAAAGAUUACAAUGCUAUUGAAAGAUGGCAAUGUCAAGCAGCAGCUGCUAGUUCGGGCUUCUCUCAUGGGACAAUGCACAUGACAGAUGACGAUGAGUCAAAUAUGAGCUUGAAAUUGCAUAAGAAUAAACAUGAUGCAGCAGCAAAUGAGAGCUUGGCUUCACAAGUUACAAUAAAACAAGAACCUAAAGGCAGUCAACCUAGAGGAGCAGAUCGAAUAAAACAAGCAGUUGUGGAUUAUGUGGCUUCAUUGCUCAUGCCUCUUUAUAAAGCAAGGAAAAUUGACAGGGACGGUUACAAGUCAAUAAUGAAAAAAACUGCCACCAAGGUCAUGGAACAGACUACUGAUGCUGAGAAAGCAAUGGCUGUUUUUGAGUUUCUUGAUUUCAAACGCAAAAACAAGAUCCGGGCAUUCGUGGACAUGUUGAUCGAGAGACACAUGGCAGUGAAGCCAGAGGCCAAAUCAGGAUCUUCUCAGAAGGAUUAGCUGGUGGUCCUGAGCACAAAAUUGAGAAGGCUGUUCCGCUUGUUAAAUCAUGGACCGCAGUUACUUAGAUUCAUGAAGUCCGCCGGUAGAUGGUACUUGUGCUUGCAUCUGUGGUGAAUCGUAUACUCUUCCCUUCAAAACUUGGGAAUAGCAAUCAUUUUAGUCAGAUAUGACUGAAUCAUGACAACUUAGCAAAGGGCUCAAAUGUUUGGACAUGGGUGGCAUCCAAAUCUUCUAUACAUUUUUCGUCCUCCAAUUGCCAAGCAGUCCUGUUAACAUGGGAUUGUUUUUUGGAAUUUGUUCAUUAUAAAUUAAACUUGUAUCUUUUAGGGUAGACAGUGGAGACCCCUAACUUUUUUCUCCAGGGACCCCUUAGAAGAGAAAUGACUUCUUUCUGACUUUUGUUAUGUGUACAGCUUAGAAUUGUUUCAUGGAAACAAAUAUACAGAGUUCUCCUUAACCAGCAGUACCUGUUCUUCUCUUCUCUAGUUCGUUUUACUUGUCUCCAGAAAAUAAGUGUUCAUCCUCCUUUUGUGUGUCUGUGGUCUUUAUUAAGAUUAGACUUAAAUAUGCAUUUUCCUUCUUGAUGGAAGUUCACAACCAUGUUAUCUAAUUGAGCAUACCUUGACUGCUUGUAUUGCUCUCUAUAUUUUAAGUCGGCAAAGGUCUGUGCGUUUGGAAGAGAUGGGUGUAAAGCUUUCUCUCUUUCCGCAAAAGCACAUAUGUCUAACAGGUAAUAUGAUUCUGAUUUAAUUGUCAUGCGAUGUUGUUUUUGAAGGGUGAGAUGCUAUAUGGUUUAUGUAAGUUUAAUGAUUACCAUCUUCUAGAACCUCAUGAUAUAGAAUAUUCAUCAAAUUGGAUUUAGCAUUUCUUGCUGGUUUUCCCGUAUUGUUGAGACAUUGAGCAUGCAAUGGAUGUAUGAGUUGGCAGUUUGCAAUCUUCUGCAUUUGUAUAUUCCCACUGAUUGCGCGCUUUUCGAAUCAUUGUAGUGGAAUUUGUUACCAUGAGCAUAAAAAGGGCAGCAAAUAAGAAAUUGCUUGAAUCUUACAGGCCCUUCUUACUGACUUUUAAUAAGUCAUAUAACAGAUGCAGUUCAAGCGUAGUUCCUUACAAGUAUGCUGAUGAUGAAUGCCACUGCAGGUAGAUUUUUUAUUUCAUUCUCUGCCAUUUUAUGUUUUUCGCAGCUGGUGGCGUUUGAGUGCUUGUAGCCUCUUUUCUAUCAGCUAGUCUUGUACCGGAAUUAGAUUCCUGGCAGGUUAGCAUAUUGUGGUGCCGUAUCUUUGCCAUUUUUAUGAUCCAUUCCAUCUCUAUCUUAUUUCUGCUCACACCUGUGUAACACAGAAGUCAUGGGUUAUAUUCGGUGCUUCAGGAAACGCAAAAUUUACUCGUGGGCAGGAGCAAGCGCUUCUACACUGGUCACUGUUCUCCGUUGCCAUACGGUUGAUCCAGGAGAAGCUUUCCACUUUCAAAAACUGGUAAAUUGCUCUGUUUUCCUCUAAAACAAUCUAAUCUCUUGAAUCCGUGCUUUUAGCUUCAGGAAACCUCGAGAUAAAAGUCGGCUACAAGUGUGGAGACCAGAAUCAGCCGCAACAUUGUCUUCACCAGGAGAUUUCAAACUCCAGCAUUACAUUUUCAAUACAUCCAUCACGUAUGCAUAUCAUAUCACAUUCAAAAGCCGGAUCCUGCCGUGGCAUGUUCAUUU